GCCCGAGGAUGCCAUGGUUUGAGAGCCGCUGUGAUCGGCGUGUAGGGGCGUCGUUGCUGCGUGCAAUGUGUAUCGUGUAGGCGUUGGCGAGGAGGAGACAAGUACGGGGAUGUGUCCGUAAAAAAGUUGCGGUUUCUGCGUACUCUGCCGCACGUGCACGCUCGAAAUCGUGUUCCGCGAGCCACGGAUUCCCCGGUGGAUCGACCGCGGACAGUCUUUACGUGUCCGACAGUGGCUGUUCCGCGAACGGGCCUAACAAUCACGGGUGCGAACGAAAAAAAAAGUGCGGUCGGUGUUCUUUCGUUUCUCGCGGAGGCCACGUAUCGUGCGUGCGUAUCUCGACCGGCCUUGUCACGGGGACGUUGCUCUGGCCGAGCGGGGGGAACUCGCCUCGACUGGGAGACACGGUGCACGGAAACGACGCCCGUACCAGGAUGCCAGGACGUCUCGAUCGUAGGGCUAUUGAGACGGUCAGUGUUACACGCGCGAAAAAAUCAAAUUAAUUCCGUGCCCCCCCACGGGUUCAGGGAACGAGCGUAUCGUCUUGCACUCUCCUGAAUAGUUCAGCCGCAAAGUGGACGACAGGGAGGAGAGAGACGAUCCGACAGCGCGCGCGUCUGUGUGCAGGAGAUGUACGGAAUCUCGGGAAGAGAUCCUGGUGCGGGAGGAUUCGGCUAUCAACGGCUACGAUCAAACGUAUUAUCGCAGGUCGGAUUCUUGAGUGUAUGAGACAUCGCUCGCUCGCCCUAUCCCCGUGAAGCCCGUGUUCGUCCCCGGUGAGAAGAGGCCGCACGGUGUGUCCGCUGGCACGCGAAAGAUUUUAUUGUCGCCGCGUACGGCGGACUACGGCCAACCGUAUUUUUCAAGUGCGAGUCAGUUUUAUCUAUUCGUACGCGAGGAGGGACUUUCGACAAAGGAUACGUCACAGGCCGAGAAGAUAUUUUCCUCCAGUGGCUCUCUCCGUUCCUCUUGUUUGCGUCGGCGGGCCUUGCUCUCGAUGAUAGUGGCGCGGUUGACAGUGCGGCUGCUCUAUCGGCGUGUAUUUCACGACGGGAUCGUCGUGUCGACCCUCGCGUGCGUGAACUAGUCUAACGCGCGUGGAAGCUGGACAAGGUUGGAUGGUUAACCGCGGGAAGCAUUCAUCGGGCCAAGAAUACAAACACAGGGAUCGUGGUGUCUAUCGCCGGCUACUGCGUCGCGCGUCAACGCCGCAUCUUGGAAUGUGACGGGCGACUCCCGGCGUGGGAAAUAUCGUAGAAAAAGGGGACGCCAUCGACUGCUGAGCGGCAAGAGACGAAAAAUCAGCUGGUAUGUCAAAUAAUCAGCUGGUUGACUCCUGUCUGCUGGUGAAUCGUCGGAUCGAGAAGAGACAGGAGCACAGCAUUACGCGCACCGAGAUCACGCAGAGACGCGUUCUCCAGGAUAAAGGACCCGACAUGCCGCAAUACCCCGGACAGAGUGAUGCAGAUUACCACGGAAGUAACGGCCAGGCGGACACCCACUCGUUGCAUUCGUCUCAUUUGUCUGUCCAAGAGGAUCCAUUACUCAUCCGGGCCCAUAAACAGCAGAAUACUCAACAAGUGACAAGCGUGUCGAAAGUCGUGCGCGAAGUAUCACACAUGGAGCCGGACCCAGGUGCAGUCAGCUACAUGUCAGUGCCAUUGAUGUCGCAGGACUAUCAGCACGCGGACCCGCGGUACCCGGCGGACUCGUAUAUGGUGGGGUUCGAGCACUACGAGCCGUUCCUCGCGUAUCCCCCGCAGCCAGGGUACCCGGGCCCGCAUGGCAUCUACAUGCCGCGCUCGCAUUCCCCUCACAGUCCUCAUAGUCCUUCGGAGCACAGUCGUGCCUCACCUCCACAUGAAUACCUGCGUAAAGCGGGACCAUACGUGGAAGGCGGGUACAACGACAUCGAUCCAGGUCUGAAUCCCGCUUUACAGGAUCAUUAUCGUAUCACUCCUAGUCCAGGCGGCCCCGGAGAUCAGUACGAUCAAAUCAGCAACUCUUGGAAUAUGGAUGACUCCGGCGAACCCUCUCAGCAUCCUCAUGAUGAGAGUAAAGUGCCCUACGGUUACGUGUCUCCGUCCCCGUACGGACCAGUCGGGUACGGGCCAGGCGUAGGGGUAGGUCCAGUCACAGUUCCUAGCGAUGUACCCGGUUAUGACGAGGGCCAUCCGGUUCCGCUGUCAUCGGGAGUCCCACCAGGAAUGUUCGAGGACGAGGUUCAUCUUCAGCGGCUACAGUCCCGACACCCGGUGGUGCCCGGGAUGGCGAGCCCGUUGGACGACGACCAGAAGUCGAUGAGAUGGAGGGACCCGAAUCUGUCCGAAGUGAUCGGUUUCCUCAGCAACCCGAACAACAUCAUCAAGGCCAACGCGGCCGCGUAUCUGCAGCAUCUGUGCUACAUGGACGACCCGAACAAACAGAAGACGAGAAGUCUGGGCGGGAUUCCGCCACUGGUGCAAUUACUGGAUCACGAUAAUCCCGAUGUCUAUAGGAACGCUUGCGGCGCGUUGAGGAACUUGUCAUACGGCAGACAGAACGACGAGAAUAAGAGGGCCAUCAAAAAUGCCGGGGGUGUGCCGGCCUUGAUCAACUUGCUUCGCAGGACGUCCGAUGCUGACGUGAAGGAACUGGUCACAGGGGUGUUAUGGAACCUGUCUUCUUGCGAGGAUUUGAAGAAGUCCAUCAUCGACGAUGGGGUGACGAUGGUGGUGAAUAAUAUAAUUAUACCACACAGUGGCUGGGAUCCCAGCUCCUCCAGCGGAGAGACCUGCUGGUCGACGGUCUUCAGAAACGCUUCCGGUGUACUGAGAAACGUGUCCAGCGCUGGGGAGUACGCGAGGAAAAAGUUGAGGGAAUGCGAGGGUUUGGUCGACGCGUUGUUGUACGUGGUACGGUCGGCCAUAGAGAAGUCCAACAUCGGUAACAAAAUCGUGGAGAACUGCGUCUGUAUCCUGAGAAAUCUGAGCUACCGGUGUCAGGAGGUGGAAGACCCGAAUUACGACAAGCAUCCCAUCCAGUCGACCGUGCAGAACAGGGUGGCAGCGCCCGCCAAAGGUGAGAAUUUGGGUUGCUUUGGAGGCAGCAAGAAAAAAAAGGAUGGACAGCCAGUGCAGAAGGAGACCACAGCCUCCCGUACAACCAGCCCUAGAACAGAACCAGUUAGAGGCAUGGAACUACUUUGGCAACCGGAAGUAGUUCAGUCUUAUUUGAAGCUUUUACAAACUUGCUCGAAUCCGGAAACUCUUGAAGCAGCUGCUGGAGCUCUUCAGAACCUGGCAGCCUGCUAUUGGCAACCCAGCAUUGAGAUUCGUGCAGCAGUGAGGAAGGAAAAAGGACUUCCAAUCUUGGUAGAACUUCUGCGAAUGGAGGUGGACCGUGUAGUUUGUGCCGUUGCUACAGCACUCAGAAACCUCGCAAUAGACCAACGUAAUAAAGAAUUAAUAGGGAAGUAUGCGAUGCGUGAUCUCAUUCAGAAGCUGCCUUCAGGAAACAAUCAGCACGACCAAGGAACGAGCGAUGACACUAUCGCUGCAGUUUUAGCUACACUGAAUGAAGUUAUUAAGAAGAACGCUGAAUUCUCACGAUCACUGCUGGACGCCGGCGGUGUAGACAGACUAAUGAAUAUCACCAGGCAACGCCAGAAGUAUACACCUCGUGUUCUUAAAUUUGCAGGACAAGUGUUAUUCACCAUGUGGCAACAUCAAGAACUUAGAGAUGUUUACAAGAAGCAUGGAUGGAAGGAGCAAGAUUUCGUGACGAAAACGGUAGCAGCACGGAAUUCAGGGCCUAAUUCACCCAACAAUGCAAAUAGCUAUGAUUGUAGCACUCUGAACCGGCCAAUGGCGAGUCAAGGAAGCACCAGAUACGAGGACCGAACAAUUCAAAGAGCAAAUAUGAAUUCUAAUAACGUUGGUCGACCCAAUAUAUAUCAGUCUCAACCGAAACCCGGUGAGCCGCUCUACGCGCAAGUUAACUUGGAGAAGAAAAAGAAGCGGCAGUAUGAGUUGGGGGUGGGCCAGGGUCAGGGUCAGGGCCCGGUGGGCGCGGGAGUCGGCGUGGCGGCGGUGCCACCUCAGCCUGGCCAGUGGGUGGCCGACGGAGUGGUCGGCAUGCCGGACGGUUCGGCCGCCACGGCGACGGUGAACGUACCGCCAAACUCGACAGCGGCGUCCGCCGGCGACUCCUGGGUAUAACAGUGCCUGGAUGCUGCCUUUUGUCUCGUCUCCUUCUACGAGGAUCUCUCGGACAUGCUCGACUAGGUCAUGCCCGCCGCUAGAGAGGGAUCGUCGUCCGAUAGCCGUGGAAUGAUCGAGGGCGGGGAACAGGAAGAGGAUCGCGUCUUGCGGUUCUCCAGCUUCGACCGACUGGGUACACCGUGUCCGGAUCAUUGGAAGACACUGAGAAGGAGAAUGAAAAAGGAAAGUACGGAAGAGGCGAGAAGCAAGAAACAAGAGGAAGAGGAAGAAGAAGAAGAAGAAGGACCGGGAACUUUUGCUUUCGAUGAGUUCAUUAGAAGAGUUAGAAUAUGACCGGGGUAGCCGGAUUGUUGGAUGUACAGGGGUCGAAGAGAACAGCUUCAGAGGGAAUAGGAAGACUGAGAAAACGUAGGAAGGCCGGUAGACAGAUUUAGUUAGAGUCGUCGAAUUAAUCACUAGGACAUUGGUCGC